AUGGCCCCCCUCCCCGUCCCUCCACUACACAACACAACGCGCGCUGAGGCACGCGCAUACACAUGCAUAUGUCAGCGCCUCAUCGAGUGGUCACUGAACGGAGCCAACACGGCGCUUGAUCUCCUCCCCCCUCCUUUCCCUCCCUCUCUCCCUCUCCAAGUGUCAAUGGAUCGCUCGUUGCUCUUCUCGCCGCUCGGGUACUCGACCAAUGGGGUAUACAUCCCGUCCCCGGUGGGGGGCGACACCGACGUGGGCGGGGCGAAUGACGGUCGCAUCUUCGAGGAACUCCUCGACGCCGAAGUCGCAGUGAACAUGGAAAAACUGCGGGAGGCGUCGCGCAUGGGCAUUCCGCCGGUCCACCGCGGUGUUGUCUACCGCUACCUUCUCGGGGUUGCAUUCACCGACAAGUCAAUCGAGAUGACGAUGGAAGAAAUGCAGGACAAGGACUUCCAGCUGUUGAACACCGCCUACACUCGCAUGUGGGGCAACGGGGACGAGAAUGACGACCGCGGCGGUGCGGGCGGCUCGGGCCACGGCGGCAGCCACGGCGCCGGCAGCAGCGUGGCGGCCCAGCACACCAUCAGGGAACUUCUGGCCUUCUCAAUGUCCUCCACGGCGGCGGUGGUGAGCGCGACAGAGGGAAGCGGCCCGUUGCACUGCAGCAGUGGGCUUCGCGGCGUGGGCAGUAGCGGGGCAGGGACGGUGGCGAUUCCUUUUGUGCACCGAGGCCCAUCAGUUGUACCCGCCCACGCCCCCUCAGCCACCCUCUCCGCCUGGGAGGAAGGUGUGACGGCGCUACGGUACUGCGCGCCGUACAAUGCGGACGCGCGUCAGUGGGCAAGGAUGGAGUCGGCACUGGCCGCGCUGCAGAUGAUGUACUGCAACGUCUCUGUCGAUCACGUGCAGCUGCUCAUUCUGCUGGCGCGCCAACUCGACCGAGUCGCCAGCUCGGCGCGCGACACCUUCUUCACCGUCCACGCCCUCUUCAACGCGCUGACAAAAGACGGCAACAUCCUGCACGACGCCCAGACGCUGCAGGUGCACUGCGGCAACUUUCUCAUGCUCUUCCGUGCUGUGCUGCUUCCGCUCUACGAGCACUUCACAGUGGAGGGGCUGACCACGUGGGAGUGGAUCCCAAGCUUACUGACGUGCUUCUUUGUGGACCGCAUGCACCCCGACGACGUGUUCGCGCUGUGGGACUGCUACCUUGCGGACAUGAGCGAGCACCAGGCGAUGGCGCUGCACCCAUACGCCUGCCUAGCGAUGCUAUCGUCCAUGACGGAGGUGCUCAUCGAGGCUGGCAAGGUUGAGCUUCUCUACUGCCUAGAGCACCUGCCUCGUCUCGACACGGCAGCCAUCAUGCGCAAGGCGGUGCUCAUUCGGGAGUCCGUAUAUUCCAAGGAGCUUCUCUGCGGAUGA